AUGAGAAAGGAAAGAAGAUCAAGAAGGAUUAAUAGAAUAGGGAGUUAUGCAAUAUCAUCAUCAAUGUCGAUGAGAGAUCAUCGGCAACAACCUUGUAUAACUUGUACAACGUUUAACAUUCUUGCACCUAUCUACAAACGUUUGAAUAUUAACAAAUGUAAGGAUCAGAAUUUACGUGAAAGUGAUUGUAGAGCCUAUUGGCUUGUUAGAAACCAGAAGAUUUUGGAUUCUUUGUUGCGUGAAAGAUCUUCCAUUAUUUGUCUUCAGGAAUUCUGGGUGGGAAAUGAAGAGUUGGUCAACAUGUAUGAGAAGAGAUUAGGUAAUGCUGGCUAUCUUAAUUUCAAGCUUGCCCGUACCAACAACCGGGGUGAUGGCCUACUGAUCGCCGUGCGCAAGGACUAUUUCAGGGUUAUAAACCAUAGGGAAUUGUUGUUCAACGAUUGUGGGGAUCGAGUUGCUCAGUUGUUACAUGUUGAAUUAGAUACCCCUGAUUCACCAUGCCAGAACAAUGACACUCGACAAGAAAUUCUCAUUGUCAACACCCACUUGUUAUUUCCUCAUGAUUCAAGCUUGUCUCUUGUAAGAUUGAAUCAGGCCUACAAAAUCCUGCAAUAUGUGGAAUCUUAUCAGAAAGAAAACAAGCUUAACCCGACUCCGAUUAUGCUUUGCGGUGACUGGAAUGGGAGCAAACGUGGGCAUGUUUACAAGUUCCUCAGAUCACAAGGCUUUGUAUCCUCAUAUGAUACUGCUCAUCAGUACACUGAUGCAGAUGCUCACAAGUGGGUUAGCCACCUUAACCAUCGCGGAAAUAUUUGUGGUGUGGAUUUUAUAUGGCUUCUCAAUCCCAAUAGAUACCGAAAGCUACUAAAAACAAGUUGGAGCGAAGCAGUAUUUGGCAUGUUCAAGUAUCUACUACGGAGAGCUUCCCUGACCGAAGAAGAUGCCUUUGCCAUUCUAAAGGCUGAUACUAAUAGUGACUGCAUUACCUACACAGGCUUCUGUGAAGCUCUUCGGCAGCUUAAUUUAACCGGCCAUUGUUAUGGACUCAGCGAUGAAGAAACGAAGGAUCUGUGGUUGCAGGCAGACAUUGAUGGAAAUGGUGUUCUUGAUUAUAAAGAAUUUCAGCAGCGAAUUUGGAAUCCUAAAUGGUCAGAGCUGAAAGAUGAUGAGAUCCAAGACGAUGAUCCUAAGGGUAGAGAAGAGCAAACCAUUGGUUUUAGUGUGGAGAAUGCUGUGCUCUUCCCUCCUGAAGUAGAGAAAGGAAUGUGGCCUGAAAACUACUUUCUUUCCGAUCAUGCCCGACUCACAGUGGUGUUCUCACCAAUACGAAUGCCAUGCUCACAGUUGAUAUCAUGA